AUGUACUCCCACACGCCCCCAGUCCCCCCUCCAAAAUCUGGAAGCCAUGAAACCAGCCGGAUGAGCACGCCGGCAUUAACACAGUCGCCGGCGACCUCCUCGCUACCAGAAUCACAGGCCGAGCUUCCUGCGACGAGCACAAAUUCUCACCUUGCGCAACCACAACCUAUCCCAGACCCAGGUGAUCAAUGGCUGCCCAAAUUUCUCGAGGAUAAGUCCAAGCAAGACCUAGCCGACAUCCUCUCCUCCCCGACCCUCCUCUCGGCCCUCGCCCACUCCCCGCAGACGAUCCACCCGUCCCUGGCGGCCAGCCACGCGGCCCUGUGCUCGGCGCUGGCCGACAACAUCGAGCUCGCGGCGCGCCUGCGCGAGCACGAGGCGCGCCUCGCGUCGGCGCGGGCGGCGACGCAGGGCCGGCUGCUGGCGACGCACGCGCUCGAGCGCGCCUGGCGCGCCAAGCAGGCCGACAUGGAUGUCGCGCUCGCGCCGUUCGCACCCGCCAGCCUGUACCAGCGCCUCGGGCAGGGCGUCGCCGAGCAGGAGGCCGUGUGCGCCGCGCUCGAGGAGAGCUUCCUCGAUGGCGGCGGCGGCGGCGGUGGGGCGAAUGGUGCGGGGCAGGGGGCAGGGGGUGGGGAUGGAGAUGGGGGUGGCGAGGCGACUGAGAGGGAGGUUGGGGAGUGGGUGAGGCGGUAUAGGGAGGCGAAGAAGUUGUAUUACCUGCGGCUGGAGAGGAAGCAGAGGUGGGAUGAGGGACGGGUUGGGGGGUGGAGGUGA